AUGCGCGGCCAGUCUCCCCUGGUCAGGGCGGCGCGGACUGCGCGACUGACUAGAACCUCGACACCUUACCUAAACCUCAGAAACAACUUCGUCUGCCAACAAUGCAUCCGCACGAUCCAGAUCUCGGCCAAACCCACCACCGACUCCCGUCCCUCGCCCGACAUCUUCGACGCCCUCCCCGGCUCUUCCCCGCGCGACGCAGCCGACGCCCGCUUCGAAGUAAUCGGCUCUCCCUCUUCCCUGCUCUCCGUCACGCUCUCCGCUUCUCAGCGCCUCUACACCCGCCGCGGCACCUUGGUCUCAGUAACCGGCCGCGUCGAAAACGCCCAAUCGACACUCUCCCUCCUGUCUCCCCUUCCGCGCGCUUUCCUCGGGGUUCCUUUCCUCUACCAGCGUGUCAGCUCGACGACCCCCAUCACCGCGCUAAUAGGUACUUCCUCGCCUAACACUUCCUUCAGCGUGCUACACCUGGAUGGAACGACGGAUUACAUGGUUGCUCAGCGCAAUGCUCUGCUGGCAUGGACGGGCCAUACCUUGAGGCUUUCGCCGAGAAUCCAGCAAGGGCUGGCGCCGGCCAAUUGGGGUGCUACGCACGUUACUGGCCGUGGGCUGGUGGCGUUGGCUGCGCCGGGGCAGAUCUACGAACUUAGCUUGGUCGAAGGCGAGGAGUUGACGCUGCAUCCUUCGCAUGUCGUGGCAUACUCAGUUACGAGAAACCCUCCCCUGCCGUUCCGCUUCAGAAGCACCCGCCUCAACCUCCAGUUGCCUGCCGUCCCCGACUCCAUUUCCAACGCCGCCGGAAAGCUCGUCCCUACCAAAGUCACCGAGUUCUUCGCCAACAUGCGAGACACAAAAGUAUACACCACCCUCGCACGCAUCUUGUACAGCCUGCGCACGGCAACACGGCGAACAAUCUGGGGCGAUAGACUCUUUCUGCAGUUCCGUGGCCCGACCAACAUUCUGAUGAGCAGUCGCGGCGUUCGCGUUUCCGACGUCCUGACCCGCGACGACAUAAAUGAAAUCGCUGACACGGAAGCCGGCGUGGUGGGCAAGGCCCUUGGUACCUCCAGGAUUGAGAAGGCGAAGAAGGAGGCCAAGGCGUUGGAGGAGAAGAAGAAGGAGCUGAAGCCUUUGGUUUCUGAGACUGCGGCUGGUGACAAGGUGGCGCCUGUUGAGGCUCCUUUUGCGAAUGCGAACAGCGCGGACUUUGCGGAUGAGGCCAAGACUCCUGCUGAGAAGAUCAUUGAGCAGGUCAAUGAGGAGUUUGCUCGCGAAGAGGGGGUGAAGAAGGAUGGCGAAGCUGGUGAGAACAAGCCGGUCAAGAUGAGGGUUGCGAGCGUGGGCAAGGAUGGAAAGGUGACGUUUGAGGAGUCGAAGGACUUGAACCAGUUUGUGCGGUAA